AUGAAAAGAGUUAAAAAAAUACGUAUGCACACUCUUACUGACGAGCGGUUAUCGCCUCUCAAGUUUCCGUCAAUUUAAUCAAUCAAUAAGACUAUUUAGGGGGAAGAUGGAACAGUUUUCGAGAUGCAGCAGUUGAUGAGUCGAGCCAAUAUGUGCACAAGCAACAAGACGGUUAGAACAUUGCAGAAAAUCACCAAUGAAUAAAGUGAGAGGAAGGAUUUACAAUUGUUGUAGUAAUGGACCGAUUCAAUGGUGUAAUAGAUUCAACAGCAGAAUUUUUACAGUAUCACCGAGUUUUACGAUAAGAUAGAGCUGAUUUACUCUGGAUCCAUAGGGUAGCUUUGUCAACAACUUUCUGUAAAGUGCAAUGAUUAUUCCUAAUUAAUUGAUAAAAUAUGGACGUAAUUCACUGGAAUUGUGAAGGAGAUAAUUGAAAAAUAAUCGCGAACCAAUAGAAAAUUGGAGAAGGAAAGUUUAACAAACACGAUUAAAAUACAUGAAAGGUAUUAAACUCAGAUGAGUGAGAAAUUGCAAAGAUUAAACGAGGCUGAAAAGUAGUUGAAGAGGAAUGCUGAAUACGCCGAGAAAAUGAACAAGGAGAAUCGUUACCUAAGAAAAAAGACUUGUAAAUUGUCAACUGAACUUAGCAGUCACAACAACGACAUCGAAUUACUAAAGUUGUAAUUGCAAGAUUUGAGUAAGGAGAAUGAGACUCUCAAAUUAUUUUAGCAAGUUCGUCAUCAGAAUGACCACUUCACAGCUGACUUUGAGGAGGAACUCUACAAAGCCAAGAAGGAGAUUUUCGAUGACUUUAAGUUAGUCUUCGAAGAACAGACUAAAAAAUUCGAAGAAGCUUACCUAAACAAAAUACAGGAUCUGGAAAGGGGAUCAGAUGACAAGGCCUAGAAGGAUGAAAACUUAAUUGAGGAGUACGAAGAAAUUCUAUUCAAGGAUAAAUGUGUAGGGAACACUGUUGAGUUCAGUGAGAUCCAGGUAGAUACGAGCGACUUGGUUCUUAAAGCAGAAAUGUUCACUCAAACUGUCAAUCAAAAAAGAAGAACCUAUGAUUGUGCAAAUCAGACCAUGCCUAUUCCGAGCAAUAGUCAAGCUUGUGAGGCCAAUUAUGCUCUAAUCAAAAGAGAAUGCAUUCCUAGAAAUCAACAAGAAUAAACCUAUUUGGAAAUGUCAAAAUAUCCAAUUAAGACUUUCACAGAUGAUUACUAUUAAUUGUAUAUUGAAAGAGUGGAAGUUGAAAAGAAGACCUUUUCCAGUGUGUUGGAGAGUAUUCUGGAUCAAUUGAAAUCUCGAUCUUUACAAAUCUUCAGUAUCAUGUAAAUGAAAGAGGAGUUGUUCCAAGAAGACUUUCGUGAAGCCGAUAAGUAUUUUCAGAACUCUUAUUCGGUUUUUCUGUUUUUGGUCAAUGAUUUCCAGGAUAUCAUCAAAAAGUUGAAGGAGGAAUUGAUAACUCGAAAAAUAUAAAUCUUUGAAACUUAAAUUGACUGUAAACAAAGCAAUAGACAAAAGAUCUAGACACAGAAGAGAUUUGAUCUCUUGGCAUCCAAGUAUCAAUAGCAAGUUAAGAAUUUUAAUUUCAUCUCCAAAUAACUUAAGGCUGUCUCUCGAUUUCUACCAUAAUACUAACAGGAUUAAAUCAGAAGGAAGGCUAUUCGUCACAAAAUUAAUUUUGAAUUCCCAAAAGGUAUUUCGCCAACUCCUUUGCUAAUAAGUACUAAUAACUUAAAUCCCCCGAUUCCUUAGAAUUUCAAUAUUAGUUCAGCAUCUCUCUUACCACCUUAAUAAUAAGUUCAACCAGCCUUGUCUAUCAAUCCAAAGAACUCAUUGGGAUACCUCCCUCCUAUGACUCCCCUAGAACCCUUUUAAGACAGUAGCAUCCCAUAGAGAACUUCAAUGGCAGAGCUGAGUUGUGAUUCUCCAGAUGGUCCUGAAGCAUUCUCGCCUUCGAAACCAAUCAUAGCACUCAAUUUCUUCCCGGACAAUAAGUUUGAGGAUUCCUAGAGUUCUUCAGAUGAGGAGGUAGAUCUGUCUGAGUGUCUGAAUCCAGUGAAGAACUUAUUGUCAAUAGAGAAGAAGCUAUUCGUGAGUAGAUGUGGCAGUAAGAACACUUAAUUGGCCACGUAAACCUUAUUGCAGGAGAUCCAACAAUUUCGAAGAGACAAAAUAGAGAACAUUGUCACAUAACAUACGUUGAUAAAGAUCUUGGCCAAUUUCGUGUAGUGGUGUCUGAAAUUCAACAAGUUCACUUACCCAUUGCAUGUGCAAUUGUAUGAGUACUUUUCGAGUGAGAAUCAAUCUCAACCUCAGAAUGUAUGGCUGGGCAAAGUGGCCAGAGUGAUAAAAUCCUUAAUUUAUUAUAAGCGAAGGAGUGACACGGCAAGACUAUUUCAUUCGAUGCUGAUUGGAGAUUUAAGUUUCCAAAUCUAUUUGCAAAUAUUGAGCAAUUUACAGAGUGCCACCUUCACGGAAACUGGCAUUCAAGUGCUUCAAUCCUAACUAGCCGAAUACAUCAAAGGGAUGUAGAAGUAGCCUCAAUAUGUGGAUUAUGAUGCGGAAAUCUCGCAUCAUUUGGGACCUAUGCAGGAUAUCAAGAUUCAGGAAUUGCUCUUGAAAUAUUCUACUAUACUUUAGAUUUUUGCAGAAGAUGGAGAACGACUGACUCAGAAUCAGUUCAGAUUGCUAUUACUGGAGUUGGAGAACAAGAGAGAGGAACAGCAGAUCAUCAGUAUGUUCAACAAUGAAUGCGAUAUAGAAUAAUAAUAAGUUCAGUACAUUUCGUUUUAGAGAUUUGCGAUUAUUUGUGAGGAACUGCAAUUACUUUAAGGGUUGGAUGAAUACUUGACUCGAAAUGAUGUUUAGUAUUUUAAAGACAUGGACCUAUGGAGAGUAAGAGAGGUGGAAUUAAAGUUGAUGUUGAUUCGGAGUCACAAUUAUGAUGCGUCUGAAAGGGAUCUGUUUAUGAGGAUGUACAAAUUGCAUCAGCCACAAUAGCGAAUCAUUUUGGGACGCUACUUGGAGAGAAGGGCUAAGGAAUUGUUGUUACAACGAUAUACUUUUGAGUGUUUGGCUCCGUUUAUGUAACUUUUCGAAUAAUAAUGA